GAGGGAGCGCUGCACCCGCUUCCGUGUUUGUGUGAUCAGGGAGGGUUGUGCACACAGCCAGAGGAACGUCUCUGUCUGCACUAUUUCAUUCAUUGGGAAAAGUAACGAUCAGUUAGAGGCCAACAAGGAAAAUGCCGUACGAACUGAAACGUGUAUUCGCCAGUCUCCCACAGAUGGAGAGGGGAGUUGCAAAGGUGAUUGGUGGUGAUCCCAAAGGAAACAACUUCCUCUACACCAAUGGGAAGUGUGUCAUCAUCAGGAAUAUUGAAAAUCCAGCUAUUGCAGACAUUUAUACUGAGCAUGCCCAUCCGGUUACUGUGGCCAAGUAUGCCCCCAGUGGAUUCUAUAUUGCAUCUGGAGAUGCAUCAGGAAGGAUCCGUAUCUGGGACACCACACAGAAAGAGCACAUGCUCAAAUAUGAGUACACCCCUCUUUCAGGGAAGAUCAAGGACAUUGCAUGGACAGAGGAUAGCAAGAGGAUUGCUGUUGUUGGGGAUGGACGAGAAAAGUUUGGCGCAGUGUUCUUGUGGGACUCUGGCUCAUCAGUGGGAGAGGUGUCUGGCCAUUCAAAACUGAUAAACAGUGUGGACAUAAGACAGAAACGCCCUUACCGCCUUGCCACUGCUAGUGAUGACACCUGUGGUUCCUUUUUUGAAGGACCACCCUUCAAAUUCAAAUUCACCUUGCGGGACCACAGCCAAUUUGUCAACUGUGUCCGUUUCUCUCCAGACGGAAGCCGAUUCGUCACAGCUGGCGCUGAUGGCCAGAUAUUUGUCUAUGAUGGAACAACUGGUGAACGUGUUGGAUCACUGGGUGGAGAGAAGGCCCACGGCGGAGGAAUUUAUGCUGUCAGUUGGAGCCCAGACAGUUCCCAGCUGAUCUCUGCUUCAGGGGACAAGACUGUGAAGCUCUGGGAUGUUGGUGCAGGUACGGCUGUCACCACCUUCAACAUGGGCUCUGAUGUGACAGACCAGCAGCUGGGUUGCCUGUGGCAGAAAGACCACCUCCUCAGCAUCUCUUUGUCUGGAUACAUCAACUACCUGGACAAGAACAGCCCUAACCGGCCCAUACGUACAGUGAAGGGUCACACCAAAUCCAUCCAGUGUCUGACCGUUCACAAAAAUGAAGGACGAUCAUACAUCUACUCGGGGAGUCAUGAUGGACACAUCAAUUACUGGGAUGCAGAAACGGGAGAGAAUGACUGUUUCUCAGGAAAAGGCCAUAGCAACCAAGUGAGCAAGAUGGUGACUGACGAAGCCAAUGAACUGGUGACAUGCAGCAUGGACGACACACUGCGCUUCACAAACCUCAAGAAGAAGGAAUACAGUGCCUCUGAUAUGGUAAAGAUGGAUUUCCAGCCUAAAAGUGUGUCAGCAGCAGUAGGAGGGCUGUCAUUGGCUGUGUGCAUCGGGCAGAUCGUCUUGCUGAAGGAUAAGAAGAAAGUCUUCACGUUGGACAACCUUGGCUACGAAGCGGAGGUUGGCGCUAUCCAUCCUGGUGGCACCACUGCUGCAGUGGGGGGAGCAGAUGGGAAGGUCCACCUGUACUCGAUUCAGGGCAACACUCUGAAGGAUGAGGGUAAAACUCUUGACUCUAAAGGACCCAUCACAGACAUGGCAUACUCUAAUGAUGGAGCCUAUCUGGCUGUUAUUGAUGAGAAGAAAGUUACCACAGCCUUUAAUGUGGCAGAUGGAUACUCGGUCAAAAAUGAGUUUUAUGGACACCAUGCCAAACCAGUGACUUUGGCGUGGUCACCUGAUAACGAGCACUUUGCGACUGGUGGAAUGGACAUGAUGGUGUAUAUCUGGGCGGUCGGAGAUGCUGACCAGAGGAUCAAACUUCCAGAUUCUCACCGUUUGCACCACGUCAGCGGGUUGGCCUGGAUAGACGAGCACACUCUUGUCACCACCUCCCACGAUGCCAGCAUCAAACAGUGGACAAUAACAUACUGAGCUGCAAGCAUACAUUCACAUCUCCAGGGACAAGGACUACUGUAGAACUCAAGCUUUUCUUUUUCUAAACAUCCAAAUGUGCUCUGUGCUGUAUGUAAUCUGAAUUGUAAAUGGUUAUGUUUGGGAAUGGCUUCCACAGAAUGAUCUGUUUUUUAAUGCGGUUAACCUGAGCGUACAUGGAAAUGUAACCAUGAGUGCUUUUACACCUCUUCAUGGACCCAGCAACCUGUUUGUUAGCUCAUCAUUCCAUAGGUGACUCAGUUUAAACUGAAAUCCUAGUUGUGGUUGGGGUCAUUGCAUCCUAUCUAAAAGGAGGAACCAAAAGCUACUUUUGUUUUUAUUAUUAAUAUUAAUCAGAAUUAUGUUGGAAAGAAAUAAACUUUUGGUUACAUUCCUGAAAUGAGCAGUAACUGGUCCCAGCUGCAUCUCACAUCACUUUCCAUUUUUAAAGUGAUUUUUUUUUUUUUUUCUUUCUUUUGCCUUGUUGCUUUGUAAUAAGUUUCAAACUUCUUGGUAUUCAACUACUCUACCUGUUAAACUGGGGAGCAAUAAUAAGAAGAUAAAGAACAAAUACAAUCAAAAUGCUGUUUCUUGGGUUAGAAGUUCUGUUUUUUUUUUUUUCUGCUGUGUUUGGUUGUCUUUUUUUUUUUUUUCUGUCUUUUUGCAUCUUCUUCCAAAAUGGAGGUGGCUCAUGAAUAAUAAUAAAUAACUUUUUAUGCAUUCA